UGGGCGGGCGGCGGAGGAUCCGCUUUCUCCGCGGACGGGAAAUGACUGCAAAGGCGCCCAGAAAACGGUCGCCGCCUCUCCUGCUCCUCUCGGGUGCGAUACUUGGCAUUCCCUCCGAUCCCAAUCGGAACCGGUCGCCGGCGGCGGCAGACGAGCGCUUUCCGCCGCGGCAGCUUCACGCCGCCGUCGCACGCGAGAGGACGACAUGGUGAACAUCGUCGGCGCCAGCAUCACCGGCUGGCUGCUGGUCUCGUCCGCCGGCUUGGUGCUGUGCCUGGAGCCCGGGCUGUCCGGAGGCCUGUGCGAAGGUCGGCCGGAUUCGGUGUUCGCCGACAGCGACGGCCUCGGUUUCGUGGCCUGCCGAGGGGGCGCUGCGCACCACCUGCGAUGCCCGCCGCGACAGCAGUUCCACGCGGGCUACUGCCGCCGGCCUAGGGCCGAGGUGGAGGCCCAGAAAUGCUCCGAGCCGGACGGCGUCUACCCGGACUACGGCUCCGGUUGCCGGCGCUUCUUCUUCUGCCGAGGGGGCCGGAAGACGUCGCUCUCCUGUCCGGCCUCGCUGCUGUUCGACUGGCGCCUGGGCCGCUGCCGUCCGGCCUCCAAAGUGGGCUGCCCGAAGCUGCGGUGCGACGCGGACGGCGUGUUCGCCGACCGCGUGGGCGGAUGCCGGCGUUACUUCCGGUGCCAGGACGGGGAGAGGGAGGAAGCGCUCUGCCCGCAGGGUCAGCUGUUCGAAGCAGGUCGCUGUCAGAACUCGACGGACGUGCAGUGCGAGGGCGAUAACGGGUGCGCCAGUCUGCCGGACGCCUUCUACCCGGCACCGGGCUGCGCCCAGUUCGUGCUCUGCGUGGCCGGCAACGCGCGGGAGUUCUCGUGCCCAUCCGACCUCGUCUUCAGUCGCAAGCAGCUCGCCUGCGACUACCCACGCAACAGGGCCAGCUGCGAGGUGCAGGACGCGUACUGCGCCCCGGGCUCGAACGGUCUCUUCCCGCUGACCGGCUGCCGAGAGUUCGCCGUGUGCCGGGACGGCGUCCUCCUCAAAGUGGGCAGCUGCCCCAAGGGCACCGCCUUUGACGCCAACACCUUGAACUGCCGCCCCGCCGCGGACGUCAAGUGCACCUUUGCCGAAGAGUACGCAGAGCCGGAGUGCGUCGGCCGCCCCGACGGCCUGUACGCGGGCGCAACAGCGGAUGCCUUCUACGCCUGUCUUGGCCAAGUCAAGGUGGCCACAUCAUCGUGCGCCGAAGGAUCGGUGUUUGACCCCACUCUUCCCGGCUGCCAGACAACGAGCCCUGUAGCCGCCAACGACGGCGUCUCCUAUGGCCAGUACGAAUGCGAAGGCCGGAUCGGUGUGUUCCCCGACUACAGGACGUCGUGCUACAGCUACCGCAUCUGCGCCGAUGGCUUGGAAGUCGUCCAGGACUGCGGUGGCGGUCUCAGUUACGACACCGAGUUUGGCCGCUGCGUCGAGGACGCGUCGACCCCGUGCCGACCUCCACGUGUCGUCGGUACCUUUAAGUGCCCCGAGGGUUCACCGGGACUGUUCGUGGACGAGAACAGCGGAUGCAGAUUUUGGCACGAGUGUGUCGGCUCCGAGGGCGUAUCGUACGCCUGCCCCAGGGGUCACUCGUUUGACCCUGAGCGGAUGCUUUGCCGCCCCAUUCUAGGCUGUUCUCGGGCUGCGCUGCGACCACGGGCCUCCAUCUCAGUGACUGGUACCAUCGUACGACUCAAUGACACUGACUUCGAAGUCGACUGCGGAGAAGUUGCCGAGGUGCUGCCAUCCGUGGACCGUCGCGACUUCCACGUCUGCGCUCCUGCUGGAGCCUUCAAUUUCCGCUGUCCCGCCGGCACGGCCUUCGAUCCUGACAGGAACGCAUGCGACAUCGACCGUGGCACCGACGUGACCGACUUUUCGCUUCCAGGGAGUGCCGACGACGACUUCAGCUGUGACGGCAGGCACGAUGGCCUCCACCCCGACGAGACCAUGGGUCACGACUGCGCGAGGUACUACUCGUGCGAAGGUGGUCGAAAGAGAAUCAUGUUGUGCCCUAAAGGCACUAGGUUCAACCAAGUGCUUCUCCUCUGCUCCAGCUCCGUCCUGUGCCAUGUGGACCGACACUUCUCGGUCACGCAGCCGCCGGUCCCACCGGAUCCACCAUCUACCACUACAGAAGCUAGCACUACAAUGACUACACCGUCUACCACGGUGUCAACUACGACGGCGACGAGGCGAACAACUGCGCAAUACACCUAUGAGUGGACUACGCCGGCGCCUGUGCUUGCAACUGCACGGUCAUCUGUGAGAGGAAGCGCUCGUGCAGCUACGAGAGGAACUACAUGGGAAGCCACUUGGCAAGGCAGUUGGGCAGCGACGCGAGCUGCUACCCGCGCCCCAGUGCCAUCGACCGCGGCAUUUACAACGCCAACGACUACGGUGCGAUCAACUACGCCCACUACAACUGAGCCUACGACGACAACAACGACAACGACUACAACGACUACAACGCCAGCGCCUGCGCCUGACAUACGACAGGAAGUGGAGCCAGAGUAUGAAGAUUAUUAUACAGAAUUUUCACCGGAAACUACCGCAGAAGUGACUCCAGGUGUUGCACGUCAAAAUGUGCCAGUGACAACACCUCAAAGCACCCAAGAAGCUGUUCCAGGACUUCUUCCAAGAAAAAUUCCCGAAGGUGUCCCACUACCUCGACUGGAAGAUACACUAGUAACUGCGCCUCCGGCCAAUAAGGACUACGGGCCAGAGGCUACGCCAGAAAGUGCGCCGAGAACGAGUACAGUGCCACCGGUUACUAGGCCGCGGUUUACUGAGGACCUCGCGCCAGAAACUACGACACCAACCACGCAAGCCAGCACAACGGAAGCUACACGGAAAAUUACGCCAAAGUUUGUGCCUGAAUACGAUAUAGACUAUUAUUCAGAAUACGUGCCGGAAACAACUGCACGGUUCACAACAGAAACUACACAGGCUACCACUGCCGUAACAACUGAAAGAACUACAACGCGACAAACCACGCCGGCCCCUGUACCGGUAAGCACAGCAACUACAAGAGCGCCAACAAGAGCAACUGCCCGAACUGCUACACGCAGAACCACGUGGUCUGACUCGUGGGACGGUGCGUGGGCUGCAACGCGAGUGCCCGCAUGGGCAGCUACGCGAGCACCAACAUGGGAAGCGACACGCGGACAGGCGACGCGAGCACCCGUGACGCGACCAACAGUAGCGCAAGUACCGGUGUCGCAAGCCCGAGUCACACAAGCACGGGUGACGCAAGCACGGGUGACGGAACCAGCGGUCACUCACGUACCAGUAACCGAAGCACCCCUUGUGCGAUCAUGGGUGACACAGACGCUCCCACCGGAUGCGUAUCAGGAAGCGACGCGGGCACCCACACAGAGUCCGACAGAACAACCAGCACGGGAAACCACUAGGGCACCGACUGAAGCAACAAGUUCUCCAGCGCCUUUCCAAGAACAAAGUUAUGAUAGCCAGCCGCCAGCUGCACCAGAAAUCACAGCAGCAUCGCCCAUUGCUGUCAAUGCACCGACCUCGCAAGACCGUUCAUCCACAGCCGACCCUUCCACAGGGCCUUCCGUUGGUGGUGCAGCACCUCCAGCCACUGCUACCGGGGAGGUCACAUUGCUUCCUUUCCCGCAACAGCAUCUGGGUGGGACGAGACGACGCCGGAUAAAGUGCGUGAAGACGGGAGUUUUCGCCGAUUUUAGGUCGGGCUGCCGGAGGUAUCACGUGUGCACAAAGAACAAAAGCAAGACGUACGAGUGUCCGCAGGGUCUGCUGUUUAGCCCCGUGAAACUGACGUGCGACGUGCCCCAGAAGGUGUCCUGUGCGCCGCCCCGUCACCGGGGCUGCGUCAACUGCAAGCCGUCCAAAACAUCGACGUCGAAGACGUCUACUGCACGCUUGCACCACGCCCACGGCGUGCCUCCGGGCUUUCACUUUGAGUGUGACCAGCUGCCGGAUGGAUUUUACCCUGACGUCGCGCGUCGGUGCCACGUGUUCUACCGCUGCCAUGGCGGGCAAACGUUCUCGCACUACUGCAAGGGCGGCCUGCUGUUCAAUGCUAAGACAGGGAACUGCGAUUUCGAGGGCAGCGUUGACUGUUCGGCGCCGGGUGAUGAGGAACGGUCGCCUAACGAGUCGGCAUGAGUGUUUCUCGCACACUUGUCAACGCGGCUAGUCAGUGCGAUGAGCCUCGCGAACGCCGAGUGGCUGCUGAGCAACGCAACACGUGCCAAGUAGGGAUGCUGGAAGGAAAUGUUAUUCGGCGCCCGUCAUUUGAAAUGCAGCUGACACGCUCUUACGUGGCGCCGAAUACCGUAUGCAAAGUAUUGUCUCGACCCACAGAGAUCUUAGCGAGACCGAACAUUCAAAUAAUGACCAUGGCGAUGAAACGUAACUGCAUUAAUAGUGUUCUCAUGAGGGGUGUUGCUCCAAUGUUGAUACUGUAGAAGGAGAGCUGAUGAGUCGUUUACUUUGUGGAGCAUCAUCUCAGUUGUGGUGGUAAAAAACAUGAAACUGCUUUCGAAGGCUGAUGCGCUCCAUACAAAAACGAUUGGGCCUUAAUGGAGCCGGAGUACUCCAUAGUAGUUUGCCCCAAGGAAGGAUGGGCCACGUGCAUCACCUUUUGUGAACUGCUUCGAGUUCUGUGACGUGCCUCGCAUUUUGUGAGGCAGUACCGCACUUAAUCCGAGGUUAACCUAUUUAGUAUUUUGUCUGUCUGUGCAAGAUUAGAUGUUUUGCAAUGUUAAUUCCAAUUUUUGCUGCCUUCUUUCGCUGUCGCGAAUUGAACGUUAGCACCAUUCAAAUCCCCUGUGUAACCAACAUGUUAAUGAAUUGCGUUGAUGGAUUGCUCUAAAUGCAAGCAUUAUAUUUUCCGCUCCCCGUACAGCAAUCAAUCGGUGCGCGUACAUAAGACGUAUAGAUGAAGCCCAACAAUACACUGUUGCCUACACCACCGUAAAACUUUGUGUAGAGUGCAUUAUGAUGGUACAUAAAUUAUUAGCGAACUAUAACAAGUAAUAGAAAACAUUGCCAUGACGUGCUCUCUAAGCACAAUUUACGCAAUCCCUGCGAUCAAGCAGAAUCCUCGUUUGCAACCUUAUUUGCCUCUACUGCUAAUACAACAGACUACGGGGCAGAAUGGAAAAUAUGUUAUUUGCUAGAAGAAUGACUUUCGCACUCAGUUUUGCCAAACGAACAUUGUCAUUGUUGUAAAAUAAACUGCACAUGUUUUUUUUUU